AUGACAAUCCAUACUUGGAAGCAGUAUUCAGAGACCCAUAAGUUCUGGGGAACUCAACCUGUUGGGCACUUUAAGGAUAUCAAAGACGCGAUUUUGCCUCAAGGGCCAAUUGAGCCCGCAACUUUGGUAUCUAAGGUUAAGCAAGAGCCAUACAACCUUCUUGGUCAAUUCGAAUGGACCACAUGCGAUUUGAACUCUGAUGAUUUGUGUUCAGAGGUAUACAACUUUCUCAAGGAGAACUACCCUGAUGACGGAUUUGUGUUCAAGGCUGAUUACUCCAGAGAGUUUCUAAGGUGGGCACUGUGUCCACCUGGUUACUACCAGAGCUGGCAUAUUGGAGUCCGUGUCAAGACCUCGAAGAAACUAGUUGCUUUCAUCGGUGGCGUGCCAGUAAGAAUCAGGGUGCGUGAUGAGGUUAUUAAAAUGGCAAAGAUCAUGUUCUUGUGUGUUCACAAGAAGCUCAGGUCUAAGGGACUUGCUCCUGUCAUGAUAAAGGAGGUGACUAGAAGGGUUCACUUGCAGAAUAUAUGGCAAGCUGCUUAUACCUCACGUGAUGUACUUUCUAGACCACUUACCACCUGCCGAUACUGGGGCAGAUUAUUGAACCCGAAGAAGAUUAUCGAUGUUGGGAUAACAAGUCUUAGUAAAAGAAUGACUAUGAGCAUGGCCAUCAAAGUUAACAAAUUACCAGAUGCACCAAUCACUCCUGGAUUUAGGGGAAUGGAACGACGUGAUGUCCCAGUUGCUACAAAGUUGCUCAGGAACUACCUUUGCCAGUUUGGAGUUGCGGCUGACUUUGAUGAAAACGAUGUCAAGCACUGGCUCCUCCCCCGGGAAAAUGUCGUCUACAGUUACUUAGUAGUAAACCCUGAAACUCAUGACGUCACUGACUUCUGCAGCUUCUACAGUGUCCCUGCAACUAUCACCAGCAACAGGAAAUACACAACAUUGGAAUGUGCUUAUUCUUACUACAAUGUCGCGACAGUAACCUCAUAUCCACAGCUAAUGAAGGAUGCACUAAUCAUCUCUAAGCAAAAAGGUUUUGAUCUGUUAUACGCGUCAGAUGUGAUGCACAAUGAGAGUUUCUUCAAAGAGUUGAGGUUUACUCCAGGAAAUGAACCGUUUCACUACUAUCUCUAUAAUUACCGUUUGAGAAGUUCACUGAUCCCAUCAGAACUUGGGCUAGUUUUCUAGUACUGUUAAAACUCCUACAGCUCCCGAAUGUGAGCAACCAAUGUGUAGCCUAAGAUUCAUAUUCCUAGAUAUCUUUUGCAACUAAUAUGAACAAGAGGAAAGUUUAAAUCUUAGAUUCCUAUUUUCCUAUUCCAAGAUUCCUAU